AUGUUGGUUCACAACUAUAAGAACUCGAUAGCUAAAAUAUCGGCAAGCCUUGCUAUCACUUAUCAGUUUUAGCUUUUAAGUCGUGAUUUCGAUAAUUGCUAUCGUAUGGGAGUAAAUGGCGCGCACGUUAGAAUUUAAACUUCGUAACCGCCCAAAGGCGGGAAAACAAACUAAAAGCACGAUAUAAUUAAAAUUGGAAACCGAAAUGGCGGGUUUUACACACCACCGGAGAAAUAAAAAAUAAAAACUAUACCCAUUAUUUAUCACCUUGAUUAUUAACCCACACCUUCCAUUACCUUCAUUUCCAAAAGAAAAAGGAAAAAAUAGAAAAAAAAGAAGCCAACAUCUUCUUCCCCAAAUUACCCUCCCUCUCUCCAAAUGGAUCACCAAACAAUCACCGCAAGAAAGAGCUUGAAGAGAAAGCUUGAGCAGGACUUCCACGAAGAUAGAGAUCACGAUCGCAAUCGCAAGAUUCCUGCUAUUGAAGCCGACGAUGAUGACACCACUCGCGAAGAUCUCGCGCGAGAUAUUCAAGCGCAUGUGGAUGUCCUUAACUCCACUUUCUCUUCUCUUGAAGCAGAUCGGGCUGCUGCUAAACGCGCUGCUAACUUACUCUCUCAGUUCGCUAAGAACGAGGAAAUUGUAAAUUUGAUUGUGGACUGUGGUGCUGUGCCUGCGCUGGUGAAGCAUCUUCGAGCACCAACGCCUUCUAGAGGUGAAAGUGGACCAAAACCUAACGAGCAUGAGGUCGAGAAAGGGAGUGCUUUUGCACUUGGACUUCUUGCUGUCAAACCUGAGCAUCAACAACUCAUAGUAGACGCCGGGGCUCUGCCCUAUCUGGUGGACCUGUUGAAGAGACAUAAGAGCAGUGGUAAUUCUCGAGCAGUCAAUGGUGUUACUAGGAGAGCAGCUGAUGCAAUCACUAACCUUGCCCAUGAAAAUAAUGGCAUCAAAACACGUGUCAGGAUUGAAGGUGGCAUCCCACCUCUUGUUGAGCUGCUUGAGUUUGUUGAUGUGAAGGUACAGAGAGCUGCUGCAGGGGCCUUGAGGACUCUUGCAUUUAAAAAUGAUGAAAACAAAAAUCAGAUUGUAGAAUGUAAUGCUCUACCCACUCUAAUACUGAUGCUUCAAUCGGAAGAUGCUAUGAUACAUUAUGAAGCGGUUGGUGUUAUUGGAAAUUUGGUCCACUCAUCUCCAAGCAUAAAACGAGAAGUUCUUCUUGCCGGAGCUCUACAGCCUGUGAUAGGAUUGCUUAGCUCCUGCUGUUCAGAAAGUCAAAGGGAAGCAGCUCUAUUAUUGGGUCAAUUUGCUGCCGCUGAUUCAGAUUGCAAGGUGCAUAUCGUUCAAAGAGGAGCUGUCCGACCCUUAAUUGACAUGCUCGAAUCAUCAGAUGCACAACUCAAAGAAAUGUCGACCUUUGCACUUGGGAGGUUGGCACAGGAGACACACAACCAAGCUGGCAUUGUUCAUAAUGGUGGGAUAGGGCCACUGCUUAGGCUUCUUGAGUCAAAGAACGGAUCUUUGCAACAUAAUGCUGCUUUUGCACUCUAUGGUCUUGCAGAUAAUGAGGAUAAUGUUGCAGAGCUUGUCAAGGUUGGCGGUGUUCAAAAACUCCAAGAUGGUGAAUUCAUAGUUCAACCAACAAAGGAUUGUGUUGCAAAAACAUUGAAAAGGCUAGAGGAGAAGAUCCAUGGUCGAGUGUUGAACCACCUCUUAUAUUUGAUGCGCGUUGCAGAGAGAACUGUUCAGAGACGAAUUGCUUUGGCUCUUGCUCAUCUUUGUGCUCCUGAUGAUAGAAAAGCUAUUUUUAUUGAUAACAAUGGAUUAGAGUUGCUAUUGGACCUUCUUGAGUGUGGAAACAAGAAGCAGCAAAAUGACAGUGCAGCGGCUAUGUACAAGUUAGCCACCAAAACUACGUCAGUGUCACCUGUGGAUGCUGCUCCUCUGUCCCCAACCCCACAGGUAUAUUUGGGAGAGCAAUUUGUGAACAAUCCCACGUUGUCUGAUGUUACCUUCUUAGUUGAAGGUAAACGGUUCUAUGCUCAUAGAAUUUGUUUGCUUGCUUCUUCGGAUGCUUUCCGUGCAAUGUUUGAUGGGGGUUACAAGGAGAGAGAUGCUAAAGAUGUAGAGAUCCCAAACAUUAGAUGGGAUGUCUUUGAGUUGAUGAUGAGGUUUAUAUAUACAGGGUCUGUGGAUGUUGAUAUUGAGAUUGCACAAGAUCUCCUUAGAGCUGCUGAUCAAUACCUCUUGGAAGGCCUUAAGCGUCUCUGUGAAUAUACUAUUGCCCAGGAUAUCUCUGUGGAAAAUGUUUCGCUUAUGUACGAGUUAUCGGAUGGCUUUAAUGCUUCUUCACUAAAAGAAGCAUGCAUACUGUUCAUCUUGGAGCACUUUGACAAACUGAGUUCUAAGCCAUGGUGUUCUCGUUUGAUCCAACAAAUCAUGCCUGAGAUAGACAAUUACUUGCAAAAGCACUUAUCAAGCCCAUCCAACUAACUUGAGGCAACCGUAGAGGAUCCGUCGCAUUUUAAUCUUCAACUAACCACUUAGAAGGAAGGCAAAGGAGGAAGGAUGUACAGGAAUUCUUUAGUUGAGCUGAUUGCUAUUAGUCUUCUUUGUAUAACUGGGCUAAUUCAAAAGCCACAAUUAUUUUUCAUCAGGUGCUUAUUCACCACGCUAAGCAUUGGAGCUCCUAGAUGUACUCGUUGCAAAUUUCUGACAACAGUAUAUAGUCCACACUAGGUAGUAUUUUUACAAAUUGUAUCAGUUGUCAGUGUAAGGACCUAAUAAUUGAUUGUUUUUAGGAUGUUUCUUUCUUUUAAUUUGUGAAGAGGAAGGAAUGACCGAUAGUUACUUCGUA